GCGAGGGGAGGGGAGGGGAGCGCUGCGCCCGCCGCGCCUCCGCCGGUGCGUCAGUGUCGCGCGGGGGACGGUGCGGUACGGACGGUGCGAGCGGUGCGCGUGCCAUUGGACUUACGGAGCCGAGUGUUGACGACCGGUGGGACUGCGAGCGCGCCGCCAUGGCGCAGACCAGUCACAUGCUCAACAGCAGGAUGUUCCAGAAGCCGGAGCCGGUGCUGCCGCGCGCUGCGCUCCUCAAACCCAACAAGAAGGCGCGAGACCUGCCGAAUCAAGUACCUCCGCUCACCCCGGGCACCAACAAGAAGAUUGCCGACGCUCUGAUGGCCUCCUUCGACAACUGGAACAAAGAGCAGGAGAGGCGCAACAUACCCAAAGAUCCGCGGCAAUGGACCCAGAUGGAUGUCGUGCACUGGCUGUGCUGGGCCACAAACGAGUUCUGCAUGGAGGGUGUGGAAAUAGACAAAUUCAAUAUGACCGGACGCGAAAUGUGCGCGAUGGGCAAAGAUAACUUUUUGGAGCGAACUCCUCAGUGGAUGGGAGACAUUUUGUGGGAGCACUUGGAGAAUCUUCAGCGUGAGUGCGAGCAAGCCAAGGCGUCUCUGGAGAACAUCCCCACUAGUCUGUACGAGAGCGUGGCCGACCCGGAGCUACAUCGCUACCUGGACACGUGUGCCAAGCCGCCGCCGGCCCAGUUGACGCCCUCGCACGCGCUGGCGGCCACCCAGCCGCCGCCGGUGCCUCCCCAGUCGGUACCGACACCCAUGAACGGCAGUCCGGGCCCGCCGUGCGCGCCGGCGCCGGCACCCGCACACCUCCAGCACGGCCAGCACACACAGCCCUUCGGCGGUGCAUACGGAGCGCAGAUGGCCGAGCCGAUGCAGGGCAUGGGCGACGAGCCGCCGGCCUACGUGCCGCAGCACUACGAGCCCGAGUACCCGCACAUGGCCGACCCACACCACCCACCGUACGCCGAGUCCGGCUCGCCAGAGUUCUACCCGGCCUCGGGGCUGGAGCUCAAGUACCGGCCGCCGCACAAGCUCUACCCGCCCGCCUCGCGCUACGAGGGCUACGCCGACCACUACGGGCCGGGCGCGGGCGGCUUCGGCGGCGAGCAGCACUACCAGACUGUACCGCAGGCGGCCGAGUGGCACCCCGAGCUGAUGGGCCACGGGCCGCCGCACCCGGCCUUCCUGCCGCCGCACCACCGGGCUCUCGAUUCGCCGCUGCAAGCCGAGGUCAAACCGGGCAUGAUGACGCCGGGGUACCCGCAGGGGGGCGCCGGGCCCUGCUUCACCGGCUCCGGACCCAUCCAGCUGUGGCAGUUCCUGCUGGAGCUGCUGACGGACAAGUCGUGCCAGAACUUCAUCUCGUGGACCGGCGACGGCUGGGAGUUCAAGCUCACCGACCCGGACGAGGUGGCCAGAAGGUGGGGUAACCGCAAGAACAAGCCAAAGAUGAACUACGAGAAGUUGAGCCGGGGGCUGCGAUAUUACUAUGACAAGAAUAUCAUCCACAAGACGGCCGGCAAGCGCUACGUCUACCGGUUCGUCUGUGACCUGCAGAGCUUACUCGGGUACACCCCGGAGGAGUUGCACGCCAUGGUGGACCUGAAGCCGGACAAGAAGGAGGACGACUGAGCGUCCCCCUCCGGCCCUGCGCUCCCCUCUUCCAGUCCAAAGAUGGCGCCACCGGGCGCGCGGCGGGCGCGCCGGCCGGCCGCUCGGGCCUGGCGAACUGUACCUGAAGCGUUAGUUCGCGCGCCCGCCGCACCGCGGCGCCACCGGAGUGAACGGCUCCGGCCGAGUCAUCGGACCGUCUCAGCAAGAGAAGUGAUCUUAAAGGACUUAUUGUUUGACUAGUCUGCCGGUGGCCGGUCUGCGGCCGCCGGCCGUCGAACUGACCGAGUUUUGAUGAUUUUACGCGCUGACAUCGCACGUCAGUCCGCUGGCUGUCUGAGCAAGCCGCGGGGCGUGUUUUGAGUCGCUCCAGGCCCGGUCCUCCUCCACCGAAAUCUACCGUCUUUCGGGGAGGGACCACCGGCCGGGCGACUCAUGCUCAAGUCCGCCCGCGAUGCGGUGGAUGUGCUUUUCUACCGGUUUUGGCCGGCGCUGUAGCGGCGUUGUGAGGUUGUUCGGAGGCGUCGUGCCGGCGGCGGCGCCUCCUCUCAUGUUAUUCGGGCCUCGGUCGCCGAGUUCAUAGUGCCGGGCGGCGCGGGCCGCCGCUCUGGGUGGCCGCAGAUGCUGUGUUACUCCGCUUCGAGCCGCCGUGCCCGGUCAGUCAGAUCUGUUAUUUGUUGUCGGUGUCUCGGAGGUCCCUGUCGAUAUUGGACCCGCUCGGGCGCCACCCCUGUUUUCCACCGCGAGUUUCUACCUUUGACAGCGCUCCGUUCAGUCCGACGUGAUACAGGUGUGGUUAUUUAUUGCGGGCGCCGCGCCGCGCCGCGCCGCUCCGUCUUCCGGCCGGCGUGUGGCGCUCCGAGUGUUGUGAUCUCGCCGAGACCGGUCGUGUCGCCGCCGGCGGUCCCGGGGCCGCCCCCCUCCCCCCACCCCGACCGCCGACCCCUCCCCCCAGCGGCGACCGCCCAACUGCGAAGCAUUACUCCCAGGCUUAAUUACAUUUUGUUUACGCAUAUCAUUUGUUGAAAAUGAUGCCACAUAAAGUGCCUUGUACAUAUGACGUACGUGUGUAAUUAUUUUUGUAACCGAUAUGAUCAACCUGACAAAUUGUAGUAUUUGAGAGUGCAUUUGAGUGAAAAGUGAGAUGACAAAUAUAGACAUGUUGUAUCAACAAAUUGUUUGAAUACACGAGCUGCAAAUGUGCUAA